GGAGCAGAGGGGGAAAGGAAUAGGGAGACUGUGGCAGAGAGUGAAAAAGGGAUAGAGAGACUGGAUGCAGGGAUAGAGGGAGAGAAAAAAGAGAAAGGGACUGGGACACAGAGGUAGAUAGAGAAAGAGAGAGAGACCAGGGCACAGAGAUAGAGGAAGAGAAGAGACAGAUUAUUGGGGAGUGGCGUGAGAGACUUCCCAAACUGGAAGCGGAAAGAUAGAGGACAGAGACUGAGAUACUGAGAGAAAGGGAGAGUGAAAGGGGACGGAGAAAGGAGUGGUGGUUAGGAAUUAAGUGUAGAGUCACGGAGAGGCUGAGAGAGAGUUUAGGACAUUGACAGAAAGCUAGAAUCACAGAGAGGUACCGGUGAACACAGCAGAGAGGGGGAGACCCUCCAACAGGCUGUGUGACAUCUUAAGUAUUGGACACGGAGGGUUAGGCUAAAGAGAGAGAGUGAGAUUCCCCCAGUCAGGGUGGAGAUCACAAUGUCCACUAUAGGAGUGGGAAGCUACAACUGGAGCCACCCUGAGACCCGGGCACGGCUGGAAGAGCUCUUCUUCCGAGGGACGGGUUUCAUCCGGGUGGGGAGCGAGGAAUGCCGGGAGUUCUGGAGCUUCCUGGAGCGCUACCAGCGCUUUCAGGAGAGGCAGAGGGAGAGGAAGGGGGCAGAGCGACAGGCAGGGGAGAGGAGGAAUGAGAAAAGAAGAGGGAACGAGAGGAGGAGAGAGGAAGGGGGGAAGGAGGGUAAGGAAAAAGGGUUGGUUCUGGACGUGCCGAUGGAAUACGACGCCAGUUACCGGAUUAACCUGUCGGUGGUGACAGGGGACGUGGAGCCGGCGGCCUGCGGGGUGGGGGGGGAGAGGAGGAGGAAGAGGAGGAGAGGAGGGGACAGGGCCGAGCCGGGGGAGGGGGAGAUUCCGCGGGGGGAGAGGGCCGCCUUCCGCCAGGCGCUGCGGCACUACGCCGAGUUCCGGCAGAAGCAGGCGUUCGGGCGCCUGGCCCAGCUGCUGCGGUCCCGGCGGGCGCUGCCCGUGGCCGGCUACCGGGCCCGGCUGCUGGAGCUGGUGCGGGGCAGCCCGGUGGUGGUGGUGGCGGGCGACACGGGCUGCGGCAAGUCCACCCAGGUGCCGCAGUACCUGCUGGAGGACUGGGCGCAGGCGGGCGAGCGGCUGGCCUGUACCCAGCCCCGCCGCAUCGCCUGCCUCUCCCUGGCCCGGCGGGUGGGGCUUGAGAGCUUGGACCCCUCGGCGGUGGGCUACCGCGUCCGCUUCGAGGCCCAGGCCCCGCCCGGCGCCCGCCUCCUCUUCCUGACCGAGGGCCUCCUCCUGCGGCAGCUCCAGGCCGCCGGCCCCGCCCUCGAGCGCUACCGCGCCGUCAUCGUCGACGAGGCCCACGAGCGGCACCUCCACUCCGACUUCCUCCUCGGGGUCCUGCGGGGGCUGCAGGCCGCGAGGCCCGGCUUCCGCCUCCUCCUCAUGUCGGCCACCAUCAACGUCCAGCUCUUCUCCCGCUACUUCGACGGCGCCCCCAUUCUCCAGGUCCCUGGGAGGCUCUUCCCCAUCAAGGUGAUCUACCAGCCCAUCGAGGAGGCGGACGGGGAGAGCGGCGAGCGCUUUCAAGCCGGACCCUACCUGAGGGUAAUGCAGGCCAUCGACCAGAGGUACCCAGCCGAGGAGCGGGGGGAUCUGCUGGUCUUCCUGAGCGGGGCGGCCGAGAUCGGGGCCGUGGCAGACGCAGCACGGACCUACGCCAACCUCACCAAGCGCUGGAUCGUGCUCCCCCUUCACAGCGGGCUCUCAGCAACAGAACAGGACAAGGUUUUCGACAUCGCCCCACCAGGUGUCCGGAAGUGCAUCGUAGCUACGAACAUCGCAGAAACGUCCGUUACGAUCGAUGGCGUGCGUUUCGUUGUGGAUUCUGGAAAGGUCAAAGAGAUGAGCUACGACCCGAAGGCCAAGAUGCACCGGCUGCAGGAGUUCUGGAUCAGCCAGGCCAGCGCCGAGCAACGCAAGGGGCGGGCCGGCCGCACGGGGCCUGGGGUCUGCUACCGCCUGUACGCCGAGUCCGAUUACGACGCCUUCGCCCCCUACCCGGUGCCCGAGAUCCAGCGGGUGGCCCUUGACGCCCUGGUGCUGCAGAUGAAGAGUAUGGGGCUCGGAGACCCGCGAACCUUCCCCUUCAUCGAGCCCCCGCCCCUGGCUAGUGUGGAAACAGCUGUCCAGUAUCUGCGGGACCAGGGAGCACUGGACAGCGGCGAGAAUCUCACCGCCGUCGGGAGGCUCCUGGCACAGCUGCCCGUCGACGUGGUCAUCGGGAAGAUGCUGAUCCUAGGCUGCGCGUUCGAGAUUGUCGAGCCGGUGCUGACCCUGGCUGCGGCUCUCAGCCUGCAGUCCCCCUUCGUCCGGAGCAGGCAGACAGACCCCGACUGCGCGACGGCCCGCCGGCCCCUGGAGAGCGACGAUGGGGACCCCUUCACCCUGCUCAAUGCAUUCGAGGAGUGGCUGCAGGUUAAAUCCGAGAGAAGGACCGAUUCCCGGAAGUGGUGUCGUCGGAGGGGUCUGGUGGAGCAGAGACUGUACGAGAUGGUCAACCUGCGGCAGCAAUUCAAGACCUUGCUGAGGGACCACGGGCUCCUGAGGGUGGAGAGCACCACGGACGAAGGCAGCUACCACAGGCAAAGGCGCCACCGGGAGCGGCGGGAGCUGCAGCGAGCGAAGCGGCUUCACGAGGAGCAGGACGGGCGUCGGCGGAAACUGCUGCGCCUGGAGGAGGAGGGUGCCGGCUCGUCAGAGGACGAGGGGCCGAGUGGCCUCUCCAGGGGGGACCGGGCGCUGGACAUUCAGGAUGUGAAGUUUAAACUGAAACACAAUGUGAAGGAUCUGGAAGCUGCUGCCAGCUCCUCCUGGGACCUGGGCACUCGCCGCUUCCAACUCCUCAAGUUGCUGAUGUGCCGGGGCCUCUACCCACAGCUGGCAGUGCCAGACGAGUUCAACACUUGUCGCAAAGACUCGGAGCAGGUCUUCCACACAAAGGAUAAACAGGGGGUGGUCCUGCAUCCUACCAGUGUUUUCGCCAGCAACCCCUCGCUACUGUACCCCAAAGAGGGCAAAGAGAAAGAACAAGCACAGGGUCCGGAUGACCCACAGAGCAGCCAGCAGCAACUCCUGGCCUUUGUGUCGCUCCUGGAGACCAGCAAACCCUACCUGCUGAACUGUGUCCGAGUACCUGCCCUGCAGACUCUGCUGCUGCUGGGGCGCUCUCUGGACACCAGCGCCGACUGCAGGCGCCUGGCCGUGGACGGCUGGCUGGAAGUGUCGCUGGGAGACCCGGAAGCGGGCGCGGGGAUCCUGUCCACCGUCACCAGGCUGCGGGAUAGCUGGGAGCAGGCGCUGAGCGCCCAGCUGCAGGCGGCAGAGCGCCGGGGACUGCCACGAGGCCAGGAGGACGACGAGCAGGAGGAGGAGGAGGAGCAGCGGAAGCGCAGGCGGGCGACGGACACCCUGUGCCGGCAGCUGCUGGAGUUCCUCGAGGCCAAGGUGCCGUACACCCUGCGUCGUCUGACAGGCCUGGAGAAGCAGCAUCUGUAUGUGGGUCCUCAGACCGUGAUGGCCAUGUCAAGUCUCCCGGGAUUGGAUGCCGGUCUCGGCCAUUGUCAACCAGACCCAGUGAAAGGUGGAGUCGCAGUGACUGAUUACCUCACGUAUAACUGUCUGAUGGACAAUCAGGAUUUUUACAGCGAGUGCCUCCGAACUUUCUGGUCCUGUCCGACCUGCGACCUCUACAUGCCGUUCACCCCCUUGGAGCGGAUGCAGCAUGAGGCGAGCUGCGCGAAGGAGGGUCGCCAGGAACUGGCCGCUGCCAUCGCCUCCCCCGAUCUCGACGCGGCCCCGCAGGUGGCCUCUGCCCUCCGGCUCCCCUACCGGUGUGAGGCCUGCGAGCAGGACUUCCUCUUCACCCCCACCCAGAUCCUCAAACACAAGAUGCAGCACAGACGGACAUGACGUUUUCGGGGGGUCGGGGGGGAAUAAUAAGCUUCCCCCUCCCACUCCGCCUCCCCAGAGGAUGCGUGCAAACAGCUGCCUUUUAAUUGAACAGAAAUAUAUAUUUUUUUGAGUAUCGCUGGGACAUUAAAAAGAGAGAGCCAGCCCGUGGGGGGGGCAGCUUUUUAACUG